CUUAAAGCGAAAAACCCCAAAAACGAAGUCGAAAACAACCACGAAGAAUCUCGAACCCUCGCGCGCUCUCUCCCCCGAUCCCCUCCCCUUCCCCCUCCUCCUCCUCCUCCUCCUCCUCCGACUCCGAGCUCUAAUGGCGACGAGCUCCGAGCUCAAGCUACGAGGAGGGGCCAUGGCCCCCUGAGUUCGACCCCUUCCCUCGCCCGAUCUUCGCCCCCGCCGCCGUAGACUUCGGAUUCGACUCCGACGAGGUGAAUCGAGCUAUGCCGGAGAACGAGGCCGGAGCCGCCACGUCAGCAGACGACGGCGCUGUGGCGACGGCGGCGGCGGCGCCGCCGCCGGGGAAGCAUCAGAUCUCGGCCGAGCUCAAGCGGUUGGAGCAAGAAGCUCGAUUCCUCGAGAAAGAGCUGGAAGAGGUCGAGAAAACAGAGAAGGUUUCAGCGGCAUUACAAGAAUUUCUAUUUAAAGUAGAAAACAAGCCAGACCCUCUACUCCCAGUAACUAAUGGACCCGUGAACCCAUCUUGGGACAGGUGGUUUGAAGGACCUCAAGAUAUGCGCCGAUGCAAAUGCUGGAUUAUGUAAUUAUCUGUGCAAGAAAUUCUUAGAUAUGCAUUGACGCAGAUGCUACAUAAUGUGAUUAUUAGCGAGAGAACUCGUCAGGAGAUAUAUUGUUCCAGAUUUUUUGUUUUUUUUUUCCCUUCCAUUUGCCAUUAUGUUUGGCAAAAGGAGAAUAUUUCCUUUUUGGCGCAAGAAUGUGCAUUAUUCGAUGACCCAUCAGAGUACAAUUUGAUACACAUCAUCUGACAUCUUGUUUACAGCAUUACGACGAAAAGAGCUAUAGAAAUAUUUGUAGCAAACAACAACUCGGCAAAACGAUGCUUCUUGAACAACUUGGAGUGGCUAGAGAUUUUGCGGUAAGCGUCUUUGAAUUAAGCUGUUUAAAGAAGUAUUGAUAGUUUUGCCAUCAGUUUCCCACUCCUUGCCACUUGAAUUGCUUGUUUCUUUAUUUUUGGCCAUAUUUGUUCAGUUUUGGUCUCAUUUAAUGCAUGGAUGAGACAACUUUGAAACCACAUGAUUUUGUUUCCCAAUACUGCAA